CAUACCUACUCUUAAAUAGAUGACAGUGUUGCGCUGGUUGGGUUGGUGAUAAACUUCAAGUGUGUGACGAACUGAUUUCACCUCUUCUCGCUGAAGAAAAAGGAAAGGACAUGAAUGCGUGUUCUCCAGAACUCAGGAACAACAUUUCCUGUUGUGGCUCCAUUGAUGACUUCAAACACAUAGUGUACCCUGCAGCCUACUUGAUUAUUUUUGUCCUGGGAACUGCCGGCCACUCUUUAUCUGUCUGCGUCUUCUUCAGCCAGUGGCGAGCUCAGAAGAGUUUCACUCCAGUCAAUUUGUUAAUGGUGAACCUAUUAGUGUCGGACCUAAUGCUGGUGUGCUCUCUUCCUCUGAAGAUCUCCUACUACCUAUUAGACUCUUAUUGGCCAUUUGGUGACAUCGCAUGUCGGGUUAUAUCCUUACAGUUUUAUCUGAACAUGUACAGCUCAAUCUAUUUCUUAGUGGCCCUCAAUGUUUUACGUUACCUAGCGCUAGUGUGGCCGUACCUGUACCUACGCAUACAGACCCACUAUGGUGCCAGUAUUGUGUGUGGUCUCAUUUGGGUGUUAAUGGCUUUGGCCAGCAGUCCACUGCUGUUCCCAAAGAGGGGAAAUAAAUGUGAGGGCAGUGCUCGGUGCUUGGAGCUGUCAUUGGAAAGUGUGGAAAACUUCCACUUCAUCAAUAAUAUCUCCUUUCCAUUGGGCUUUGGAAUGCCCUUAGUGGUCAUCAUUUUCUGCUCUGUCUUUGUUGUGAAGAGUCUUCUGAGACCUAGUCCUGCACUUGGUAGGACCAGACCUUGCAGAAAAAAGGCAUGCGCUCUGGUUAUCAUCAGCCUUGGGAUCUUUCUGCUGUGCUUUUUGCCAUAUCAUGUAGUGCGAACGAUCUUCUUAUCUACAGAGAAGCAUGUCAAGAUGAAUGUAUACAGAGGCUCCUGUCACAAUCUUUGUUUAGUCCGGAAGACUGCCGUCAUAUCACAUUGUUUGUGCACUGCCAACAGUUGUCUGGACCCUAUCCUUUUCUUCUUCGUUGGGGAAAAUGUCCGAACGUUCUCUGCUAAAUGGAUGGGAAGAAGAAAAACAAACGAUUGUGUUGCUAGAAUAAACCUGCAGAAGGAAGAGUUGCAGGUUUUGCAGAAGUGAACGAAACAAAAGAUGAACAGAUAAAAAAGAACAGAUGUUGAAACUGUUGAAGGUUUUUCAGAAGCAAGAGGGAAAUAGGUCAUGUUUCGAGUGCUAUGGGUUUUUUGUACCUUUUAGAAGUGAUCAGCUUUUGCAUUGCAAAGUUUAUGAGUGUUUAUGUCUUCAAUAUGUACUGGCAAUUACAUUGUGUUGGUCUUUUACUGAGGUUUCACAUUUCCCUGUGUGUCAUAAUGUUAAACUCUCAGAGCUAUCAAGGAGCAUAAGUACUUUAAGCAAAGCAUGUGACUUCCUGCAGACACCUACUUCUUCAGCAUGCCUUAUCACCACAUAAAACAUAAAUGUGUUGUUGUACAAAUUCCUUGUUUAAGUUUACAUUCUUUUAAAGUUUUAAAUGUUAGAUGUCUGUGUGGUUUACUUGUUGAAUUCACACGAGUAAGCAUGUGAGAGCCAAGGUCAAAUAAGGCUUAAUAUCAGUUGAUAGUACUGAGUAUCUUUUUUACAUCUAGGCAUUCUUCCCCUGCAAACGGUCAGAGUGAAACUGACUUUGAACCUUAUUCUGGCUUGUUUAGUUACAAUUGUAAAUCAGUGGUUUUCAGUUGGUGGGUCAUAACCCAAAAAUGGACUGCAGGACUCAACUGAUACAGUCACAGACAGCAGGGAAGAAAAAAAAAAAAACAAUGUUAAAUGCAAAUAACUGAAUGAUAAAAAUAACAUAAAAUGCAAAUAAUAAAACUUUGACAUGCAAGCAAAAUUAA